AUGGUCGAGUUGAGCGACCUGCCUGGUGGUCCUGUUACUUCUUCCUAUGCUGUCCAAGAUCGGGUGCAAGUCGCUGAGAUCGACCCUACGAUGGUCACUGAUUUCGAGUUGGAGGAUCUCAUCGACUGGCAGCCAUGUACUAUUUGUGGAGGACGUGAUAACGAAGAAGUACUCCUUCUCUGUGAUGGAUGUGAUGCCCCUUCGCAUACAUUCUGUAUCGGGUUGGAGGAAGUUCCCCAUGGCUCAUGGUUCUGUGCACAGUGCGAAUCUCAACAGGCACUUGCUCCGGCCCCAGGGGCUACUCCUCCUCGGCCUGCUCGCACUACUGACCGACGUACUCGCCGAACCCGGGCUCAGCAACGCCAAGCGCAGAGUCUCAACCAAAUCAACUCACUGCACUGGGCUCGAGUCUGGCAGUCUAUCAGGGACAACUUGCAUCUGGAUUUAGAUUUUCCCUUUGAUGAUGACGUACGAACCUCGCAACAGCGUCGCCGGGAUGAGGCCAACCAGCGUGAAUUUCGAUCCUGGCAGCGUCGCUUUGAAGUCGCCGAACGUCAGGGGGCCAAUAAUCGAUUCCGUGAGACUGCCCGCGCAUCUCUCUUCGAUAUCGACACGUCUAGACCCUCGCGCCCCCGAGUACCUCGAGAACCUACGCCAGAGCCGGAGUCUUUGGAGGAAAUGCGAGCAUGGAACGCCUUUGAAAGAGCGCGAGAGAUUGAAAACAAUCCAAAUGCCGCUCGCAAACGCAAGGAACCUACAGCGUCACCCUCCCCUGAACCCACUGAACCCGAGCGGAAACUCAAACGCCCGCGUACGAGGCGGCCCCGAGAACUCGCCGCCAUGGCUCAACAGAAUGGUGAAUCCUCCAGAGCUGCUGGUUCAAGUUCACGGCUCAACGGACAAACUGCAGGUGAGCCGAGCUUCUUAUCCUCUCUUUUGAAAGAGGUGGAUGAGGCUCCGAGCCCCGACCAAUGUCUCCCCUGCAACUCUCCUCCCCCGCUGAACCCUCUUCACCUCCCCCUUUCUCCCGAGCUGUCGUACUCCGGGACCCCUUCCCCGUCCAUGAAAAAUAACUCGCCCGGGUCGCAUGAUACCGUUCGGCCACGUUCCCGCCUUCCUCGUCUAGCUGGUGAAAUGGCUAAUUCUCGAUCCUCCGAGAAGUCACCAAGUCGAGGACCCUCUUCAGCUGUGAAGUCUGCUAUUCAGAAGAUGGUCAGCGCAGCGUUGAAACCCCACUAUCGGGAGAAUACAGUGUCUAAGAAUGACUACACAGAGAUCAACCGCUCCAUAUCACGAAAACUUUACGCGCGUGUUGACUCCAGAGAAGCUCUCAGUGCCGAGUCGAUCGACGAUUUAGAACAGGCUGCAAAGCGUGAAGUUCAGAGGACUAUCACCGCACUGUCAAAGGAGAGUAAAGGCAAACAGCCUGUUACAUCUGAUUCCGAUGGUGAAAUACGAUGA